UCAUAUAGCUGGACAAACGUCAACUCCAAGUCCACCCACAAAAAACCUCAGCCCUGUACACUCCCCCACAAACUUCAGAUUGUGUUUUCACACUGUGCCCAACUUUUUCUGACCACCUUCUUUUCUUUCUUAAAGCAAUGUGUUCCCUUGUUUGACAUUCGCCCUCUAGAGAGAAAAGAGUAUCUGACUCAGUAAUUAUCGUAUCUUCUCCACCCAGCAACGGCAGCCUCAGUAUUGUAUUAUCAGAACAACCCACCUAAGUUCUGUGGCUAUGGCUGUUGACUUGCAUGGAAGGGAGUCUUUGCUUCCAUCUCAGUUUUUCACUGAAGAUGAUUUUAUCUCUGAGAAGAAGCAUAUCAACAAGGGGGGCAGUUCCGGGGCUUGCUUUGCCUGGGAUGUUCCUAACAGGGUUGCUUCAUGUGGGUCUAGUUUGAUCGAGAUGGAGAGCGACGAGGAUGAUUGCAUUGCUAAGUUGACUCGCCGAUUGGCUCAGUCUCAGUACCUUCUUGAAGAAGAUGACCCAGACGUUGGCUCCGAGAACCCUAAGUUAUGGGGUUUCACCGGUUGGCCUCAGUCGACUCUCUGGUCUCCCUUGGGCCCGAAUCUUGGAACCCAAAGAGGAACACCGGUGUGUCCGGCAACGGCCAUAAGCGGAAAAGGGGGCACUUGGGAUUUGUUUUACGACGCUGCCGGAAUCAACGACGAUGGACCCAGAUAUCACCAUUCUCAAAAACUUCCGGCCACAUCCCUAAAGUCCAGUUUAAUCAAUCCCGUGAAGAACCCCAACGCUGGAUUCUACAGUAACCAAGAUCUCUCUGAUGAUCACCUCCGAGCUUUUCAAUUUUAUCAGCUGAAGCAGCAACAGCUUAUGAAGCAAAACAGAGACUCGGUUCUGUGGGAAAGAAGAGGAUGGGCAACUCAGAGACAGCAGAGCAAGGAGAGGGCUUGUAGUGGGUUUGGGAACACACCAACAUGGGCUGCUCUGCCACAGCAACCUACCCACAAAGCAGCGGGUUCAGGUCUGAGGGCCAUUUUCCUUCGUGGGUCUGAUUCCAGAAGUGGGUCUUGUGGCACCGGUGUUUUCUUGCCUCGUGGAACCGGCAACCCUUCAGAUUCACGCAAGAAACAGGAAUGCUCCACUGCCCUUAUACCAGCCAGAGUAGCCCAGGCCCUGAAACUCAACCUUGAUGAAAUGGGUGUUGUAUCACCAUCACUGGGUGGCCGUUUGUCUCUGCAACAUGAUGCGGCACCAGGGCGAAGGAACAGCCUGUAUCCACCGCAGAAGCAGCACUGGCCGGCGCCUCCUGCAAUGAAGCACCAAGAGAUGGAUGUUCCUCGGGGAUGGACUCACUGACACUUGAUGAAGCCCCUCUAAUCUUAUGAUGAAAGGCUCAAGUCACAUAGAAAAAAGGAAAAGGAAAAAAAUGAUAGACAAUGAUCAAAAGCAAAAUAUUGCUGAGAUUUUUCUUCUUUGGUUUUUCAGGAUUUCAGGGGUGAGAAUUUGGAAAAAGGAAAGGAAUAAAAGUUGUCUGGGAGGGAAAAAUAGAGAGUCUAUAAGGGUUAUCAUUAGGAAUGAUGUUGAUUUAGGUACGAUUAGUGGUUGGUGGGGGGAGGGGAUCGGCCUUUUGGAAAAGCGCUUGUAAUAAUGUUAGAGAUGUUAACAAAAGAGAGUUGCCCUGCUUACAUCUCUUUGUUUCCUCUCUUCUACCAGUACCAUUUUAGCUUUCAAUAAUCUCCCCUUAUUUUUUGUUUGGUCAAGAAAAUGUUUGUUGUGAAACUAAAAAUUGUUCCUUGAAAUUUGCCCCUUUGUUUAUGCAGGAGUAUGUGUAUUGUGUA